AGUUUGUGAAGCUCGUCCAACCCAAAAGGUUUGUUUCAACGCUCAGUGCAGUGCUGAGAAUUUAGGAGUCUGGUUGCUGAUCAACAAGGGGCUCCCAGAUCCACUGUGGCCAAAACUACCCCACCUCCCGCUUUUGUAUAAUUCACGUUAUUAUCACGAUAAGAUUAAUCAAUCCUGCUGACAAAUCAUCUCUUUCUGUGUGCAGCAGUCUGAAAUGACUUCGUCUAUGAAGUGCCUUGCGUUAGACUACGAAAGGUACCACAAGACCUUCCGUGUUUACCUUGAGAAGUCGACGGAGCAUCAAGCUGUGCAUAAAUUCAUUCUUGAGAGUCUUCCUGGCAUCCUCGCGAGCAGGGCUGGGAAGGGCAAGACUACCUUUGAUGUUAUAUCCCUUGGGAGUGGUACAGGAGAGGUGGACCUGGAGAUACUUUCACAGCUGCGUAAGGUUUUACCAGAUGUGAAGGUGGACUGUGACAUGGUGGAACCCAGUGAGCCGAUGCUGGAGAAAUGCAAGGAUGUUAUGUUGAGAACUCCUAACUUAGAAAAUGUAAACUUCACAUGGAAUCAGAUGACUGCCUCUGAAUUUGAGAAGCACUGGAGAGGCAGACAGCCAGAGAAGAAUGUAGACUUCAUUCAUAUGAUUCAGAUGCUGUAUUAUGAAGUUGAUGCUCUUGCUACUAUCUCAUUUUUCCGGAGUCUCUUGAAGGAAAAUGGAAAACUUCUCAUCAUACUUAUUUCUGGAGAGUGUGGCUGGGGUAAGCUAUGGAGCGUUUAUGGCAAUGAGUUUGUUCGCAGUGAUUUGAAUCAGGCUCUUACAGCGGCACCCAUCAAGAACUACCUUACUGCUGAAGGAAUCAGCUUUGAAAGCUUCAUGUUGCCUACAAAAUUAGACAUCACAGACUGCUUCACGUCUGGCAACAAGAAGGGGGAACUGCUACUGGAUCUGCUUACUGAGUUGGUGGACUUUAGUCACACUGCACCACCGGAGCUGAAAGCCGGUGUGCUAGAUUACCUGCGCCGCCCCGACUGCACCACUGAGGUGAAUGGGAGAGCUUUAUUCAAUACUAGUCUGGAGGUUUUGGUUUUAGGCCAAUAAGAUGCACAGUGGUUCACCAGAUGUUCAUUGCUUCUUAGAUGUGUUUUUCAGUAGUAAUAUAUAAAAAAAUAUAAAAAAUUAUCUUAGGUACUGUAUGGUGUUGUCUUGUAUAACUUGCUGCCAUCAGAUUUUAAAUACUCUGUAUUUCUUUCUGAUUCAGUUCUUUACAAUGAACAUUAUUGGCUUGAAUAGGAAUAUCAGUGAGAAAGAUAAACGAUGAAUAAUUCCACUUUAA